GAGCGAGAAGUUGGCGCGCGUAUCAUAUUCGCGGCGUGCGUUGUGUUGUUUCGCUUGUGAAAGCGUGGAAUGCAACGAUGAGCGAGCCUCCUGACCGACAGAAGGUCAUCGAAAACUACCUCCAAGGAUUACAUCAUCACGAAGACGGCUACUCCCAUGGCUACCUGAAGUCAGACGAUGAGCUUAAGCUUUUCGAGAGGUCCUUGGCUGCCGUCAACGAGAGGUAUGCUGUGCGGACAUCAAGAGACCUGAACAAGCCGUCUAAAUCCAAUGUCGUCUUCUCCAUGAUCCACUCCGGGUGCAGAAUCUCUCUGGACAAUGUACCGUUUCGAGUUGUCAAAGAAACCGUCAAAGUCUGCAUAUUUGGAAUGGAAUACUACAAGAAGACUCCAGAGAAAAAAAAAGACCACAUAUAUUACAUGGGUUCAAGCACCACUGACUGGCUGAAGGAGGUGUAUGAGAAAAAGCAAAUGAACCGCCAAGGCACAAAGAAGAAGGGGUGUGCAGCAACAAUGAAUUUGAAGUGGAUUGAAUUGUACCCAGAAUUCCAGGUGGACCUUCCCCAGCCAUGCGGCCAGACAAAAGAGGGUCGGCUGAAAGCAGACAAGGCCAAGCAGCUACAGGAGGCACUUGACGCAGAGCAGCAGACUGUGGCCAAAGAGACGCGAGUAUAUAUUAGAAUUGCCGACUGCGGUUCCCAUCGUAACCAUGGUUUUGAUAUGCCUGCAUACCUGCACAACCGGCCUCACGGGUUUGUUGACCAUAUGCUGAGACGGCUCGUUAACGCAGAGGAAUACACCCACACAGACAUGAGAGAGCUGCCCAUUAAAGGCAUGUUCUCUGUUCAUUCUGAAAGAAAUGAUGAUGAUGUGCACACAGUCGACUUCACCAAGCCAUCGUGUACCUGCCCUGACUUCAGAAAGCACAAGUACCCAUGCAAACACUUUUGUGUUGUUUUUAAGUACAGCGACAGGUGGGGCUUUUCCUCUCUUCCGCAGAGUUACCUCAAUCGACCGCAAAUUGCACUUGGAAGCUGUCUAGAAUCAGAAACAGGUUCUGAGAUUCCCCUUGUCAAUGAGCCUAGUCCUUCGGAAGUGUCUUCACAGGCUCUUGGUACAGCAGUAUCAGAGCCGGACAUUCCUUUUGUCAAUGAGCCUAGCUUUGUCAAGUGCCUUUACAGCUGUGGUUGCUAUGGUUCCUAG